UCUGGUCUGAAGUGAGUUAGCUGUAUAUGUCUCAGCAAGCUUCCACGGACCUUUUCAUCAUAUCUAAGGAGUUAGUUUGAGAGCAGCUGGACGGUUGGUGCAUGUAAAGGAUUUACAUUCUGGACAUUUGCUGUGAGAAGAAGUGAAUGUGCGCAUAUACGUGCUGUAUGUGUAUGUUUACUGUGAUGUGUGGAGUAUCACUCAGUCUGUUGGAACGUUGAGUUGUACAGUUAUUGUGGCAGCAUGUUGAGGUGUGUGCUCCAGAGAGCGACUCACCUGAAGAAUGUGGAGAAAGGGGAGCGGCAAAGUGACCCGCUAGCCAGCAUCACAUUCAGAGGGACUAAAAAGAAGACCAAAGUUGUUAAAAACAAUGUCAACCCAGUCUGGAAUGAGGGUUUUGAGUGGGACCUAAAAGGAGUACCCCUAGACUCAACAGCAGAGCUGCAUGUGGUUGUGAAGGACCAUGAAAAAAUGGGAAGGAACCGAUUUCUGGGGGAAUGUCGGAUUUCUUUAAGGGAUUUACUCAACUCCCCAAGCCUAACAGCUACCUUCACUGUAUCCUUAGUGGACAACAAGAGAAACAACACCGGGGCCACAGUGACUCUGCAGGUUUCCUACAUCCCUCCUCCAGGAAUGGCUCCCAUUUUUCAACACCCAUCAUUGCCAGAGACUCCGCAUAAUACUGUGGAGCUGGACACUGUCACAGUGUUCUCAUUGGACACUAUGGGAGAUGAAGACACAGAGAGCAUGCUCAUGGUUGAGGUUGCAGAGGAGCCCGAACCUGUUCCAGGACCACAAGGCCAGGAGAAUGGGGAUCCUCAUACACCACCGAAAAGAGCUCCUCCAGCAUUUACACAUGGCAUGAAGAAAAAAAAACAGCAAAGCAACAAAGCCCCACUUUCCAACAAACCCCAGGACCUCCAGGUACGGGUGCGGAUCAUCGAGGGAAGGCAACUGCCCGGCAUUAAUAUUAAGCCUGUUGUCAAAGUAACUGUGGGGGGCCAGACAAAAAGAACAUGCAUCAAGAAAGGCAACAAUCCGUUUUUUGAUGAGACUUUCUUUCUAAACUUCUUCGAGACACCAAAAGAUCUGUUUGAUGAACCUAUAUUUAUCACAGUCUUUGACUCCAAGUCUCUUCGAACAGACUCUGUUAUUGGAGAAUUUAAGCUGGAUGUUGGCAUGGUGUAUAACGAACACAAACAUGCUAUUCUCAGGAAGUGGCUGUUGCUGGCUGACCCUGAUGAUCUUUGUGCUGGAGCCAGAGGGUAUCUGAAGGUCAGCCUUAUAGUUCUGGCUGCAGGUGAUGAAGCACCGACUGAAAAAGAUGGUGUUCAGGAGAGGGAGGACAUUGAGUCGAACCUGCUGAGACCAGCAGGGCUCACAUUAAGAGGAGCCACCUUCACUCUAAAAGUGUUUCGUGCAGAGGACCUGCCUCAGAUGGAUGAUGCAUUUAUGGAUGGCAUGAAGCAAUUUUUGGGUUUUGAGUCAAACCGAAAAAACCUGGUGGAUCCAUUAGUGGAAGUCAACUUCGCUGGCAAAACGAUGUGCAGUAAAAUAUUGGAGAAGAACGCCAACCCACAGUGGAACCAAAGCCUUAUGCUACCUAUCAGAUUUCCAUCUAUGUGUGAGAAGAUGAGGAUACGCAUUUUAGAUUGGGAUCGAGCAAGCCACAAUGAUGUCAUUGGCACUGCAUACCUGAGUAUGUCAAAGAUUUCUGCUCCAGGAGGGGAAAUAGAAGAUGACUUGCCCCCCAGGACCGUCCAAAUUGCCAUUGAUGAUAGCCUGGGCUUCCUGCCAACGUUUGGCCCCUGUUAUGUGAAUAUGUAUGGAAGUCCAAGAGAGUUCAGUGCCUUCUCCGACCCCUAUGAAGCUCUUAACCUUGGAAAGGGUGAAGGUGUAGCGUAUCGUGGUCGUUUGCUCUUGGAGCUCACCACUAAACUUAGUGAACGAGUGGAGCAAAAAGUGGAAGACAUUUACCCCGAUGACCUUCUGGUGGUAGAGAAAUUUAUGCGGAAGAGAAAGUACUCUCUGUUUGCUGCUUUUUACUCGGCCACACUUCUUCAGGAUGUGGAUGAUGCAAUCCAGUUUGAGGUCAGCAUCGGUAACUAUGGCAACAAGUUUGACUACACCUGCCUGCCUCUGGCCUCCACAACACAGUUUAGCCGAGCUGUGUUUGAUGGUUGUCACUACUAUUACCUGCCCUGGGGAAAUGUGAAGCCUGUGGUGGUAUUGUCAUCAGAGUGGGAAGAUAUCAGCCCCCGCAUGGAGGCUCUUAACAUGAUGCUGAGUAUCACAGAACAUCUGGAAACAAACCUGAAUCUUGUACAGUUGGAGCUUCAAGCAGGUGGUGACCAGGACCGACUGGAGCAGAGGGUGGUUAAAUUACUUGAUGAUCUCAUUGCAGACUGCAGGGAAGAGCUGCCUGAGCUGGAUGAAUGGCCAUGUGUGACCCCUCUGGACAAAGCUCUGAGGCGUUUGCGUAAGGUGAACCUGAGGCAGAUUGAGCAGGCCGCAUUAGCGUUAAAACAUGGCCAGGAGACAGAGCUAAGCACAGUGCUGGAGCAGGCUGAGGACUGGGCCAUGAGACUGUACUCACUCACUGAAGAGCCCCAAAACAGUCUGCCAGACAUAUUGAUCUGGAUGCUUCAGGGGGACAAAAGGGUGGCUUACCACAGAAUCCCAGCCCAUGAGGUGCUCUUCUCUCAGGGUUACUGUGGCAAACACUGUGGUCAGCUACAAACUGUCUUCAUGAAGUUCCCACAGGGUGGUAGCAAAGACAGUAAGAUCCCAGCACAGCUUCGAGUGAAGGUCUGGUUCGGUUUAACUGCUGAUGUCAAGCAUUUCAACCAGUUUUCAGAGGGGAAACUGUCUGUGUUUGCAGAGACAUAUGAGAACCAGACUAAAUUAGCCCUGGUGGGAAACUGGGGCACUACAGGGCUCACUUACCCCAAGUUCAGUGACAUUACCGGGAGAAUAAAGCUGCCCAAGGAGAGUUUUAAACCCUCGCCAGGCUGGUCAUGGGCUGGAGACUGGUACAUCAACCCAGAGAAAACCUUGUUAUAUGAUGUGGAUGCUGGACACAUGACUUUUAUGGAGGAAGUGUUUGAGAAUCAGAUGCGGCUGCCGGGAGGACAAUGGAUCGGCAUGCCAGAAGGUUACACAGAUGUGAAUGGUGAGAAAGCAGUGCCAAGAGAUGAUAUUGAGUGCCCUCUUGGCUGGGUGUGGGAAGACGUGGAAUGGAGCAAAGAUUUAAAACGGGCUGUAGAUGAUCAAGGAUGGGAGUAUGGCAUUACCAUCCCUCCUGACCGUCGACCUAAAUCUUGGGUUCCGGCUGAGAAAAUGUACCACACCAAUCGCCGGCGUCGCUGGAUCCGCCUUCGUCGCCGAGACCUGCAGAAAAUGGAAGCACUCAGAAAGCAGUGUCCAGAUGAGUCUGAACGGGAGGGUUGGGAGUAUGCCUCUCUCUUUGGCUGGAAGUUCCACCUUAAGCAAAGGAAGACAGAUUCGUUCCGCCGUCGCCGCUGGCGUUGCCGCAUGGAGCCUCUGGAGAAGACUGGACCUGCGGCCAUCUUUGCCCUAGAGUGCUCACUGCAGAGCAACGUGACUGAUGACAAAAACGAUGAUAAGUCUCUCACAGCAACCUUUGGUGUCAAUCGUCCCAAUAUCUCAUGCUUCUUUGAUAGUGGAACACGCUACCAUUUGCGCUGCUAUCUGUAUCAGGCUAGAGACCUGCUGGCUAUGGAUAAAGACAGUUUCUCAGAUCCCUUCGCCAUUGUGUCAUUCCUGCACCAGAGCCAGAAGACAGUGACCUUGAGGAACACACUUAACCCCACUUGGGAUCAGACUCUUAUCUUCUAUGAGGUGGAGAUCUUCGGAGAUCCUAACGUGACAGAUAAAAGUCCACCAAACAUUGUGGUGGAGCUCUACGAUCAAGACACUUAUGGGGCAGAUGAGUUUAUGGGGCGCAGUAUAUGCCAGCCCUCUGUGGUCUCCUCUCCACGUCUGGCAUGGUAUCCCAUCCUAAAAGGUGACAAAGCAGCUGGUGAACUACUUGCUGCAUUUGAGCUGAUCCGCAGAGAUAAGCCUGCAGUUCAUCAUAUCCCUGGUCAAGAGGCUGAAAUUCUAUACCAUUCUCAUAUCAUGGAUGAGCUUAUUUUUUCGGCGGCCUUCCCUGAGACUUUGCAGCAAUGGCCAGAAGACUCAGAUUUGCCAUUGCCGCCUCCCCAGAGAGAGCAAAAUAUCUUCAUGGUGCCACAUGGCAUCAAACCUGUUCUAGAGCGGACCGCUAUUGAGAUCCUGGCAUGGGGAUUACGUAACCUGAAGAGCUUCCAGCUGUCCAGUGUGACCUCCCCUAGCUUGCAGGUCGAGUGUGGAGGUUGUAUGGUGCAGUCCUGUGUCAUUCGCAACACUAAGAAGAAUCCCAACUUUGAAGUUAACACACUCUUUGUUGACAUGCGGCUGCCCAGAGAGGAACUCUACAUGCCUCCACUGGUGAUCAAGGUGAUUGACAAUCGGCAGUUUGGGAGGAAGCCCGUGGUGGGACAAUGUACCAUUCGUUCUCUGGAGGAUUUCCGCUGCCUGCCUAAGAACCAGGAUGAAGAACCUACAGAAGAUGAGCUGGAACCCAUUCCUCACACACCAAGAGAUGACAUACUGAUUGACAUUGAUGACAAUGAACCUCUUAUUCCUGGACAGCUUGCAGAUGGCACCAGUUCUGCUAUCAUUAACAUUUCGCCUUCUCGCUCCAGCCUCCAUAUGAUGCUUUGGGAGGAUGAAUUUAUGGAUUGGUGGAGUAAGUUCUAUGCCUCGACAGGAGAGAGAAAGAAGUGUGGAACCUAUCUGGAGAAAGGCCUUGACAUGCUACAGGUGUAUGACACUGAACUGGAAAAAAUUGACGGCUUUGAGGGGCUGGCAGAUUUCUGUCAGACGUUCAAGCUUUAUCGCGGACGCACACAGGAGAGUAAAAAUGAUGAUCCUUCUAUAGUCGGAGAGUUCAAGGGAAUGUUCAAGAUCUACCCAUUACCUGAAAGCCCAUCUGCCUCUUUGCCCCCACGCCAGUUCUGUCUUCUUCCUCCUAACGGCAUAGAAGAUUGCUUAGUCCGGGUAUAUAUUAUUCAGGCUUAUGGUCUGCAGCCCAAAGAUCCCAAUGGCAAGUGUGACCCAUACGUCAAGAUUACAUUAGGAAAGAAAUCAGUAAACGAUCAUGAUAACUACAUACCCUGUACCUUGGACCCAGUUUUUGGAAAGAUGUAUGAACUGACAUGCUCCCUGCCUUUGGAGAAAGACCUUAGGAUCACACUGUAUGAUUAUGACAUGAUGUCUAAAGAUGAAAAGAUUGGCGAGACCGUUAUUGACCUGGAGAACCGCUUCCUGUCCCGUUACAGUGCCCGCUGUGGCCUUCCCGAGUCCUAUUGUGUGUCUGGAGUGAACCAGUGGAGAGAUCAAAUGAAACCCACUCAGCUGCUCCAUCGUUUUAGUCAGAGGAGAAACUACAAGCUGCCUGUCUACAUGCACGACAGAGUGAUUUUUAGAGGCCACGAGUAUACCACUGCGGACUUGGUAGAUGAGGCAAAGCCAGCAAAUCCUCACCUCGGGCCACUGCAGGAGCGGCUGGCUCUGCUGGUGCUGAGGAGACAAGGCCUUGUGCCUGAACACGUGGAGACUAGGGCUCUAUACAGCCCAAUGCAACCCGACAUAGAACAGGGGCGGUUACAGUUAUGGGUGGAUCUCUUCCCUAAAUCUAUGGGUCCUCCAGGACCACCUUUCAACAUCACCCCACGCAAAGCAAAGAAGUUCUUUCUACGCUGCAUAAUAUGGAACACAAGCGAUGUGAUACUCGAUGAUGUCAGUGUUACAGGCGAGAGGAUGAGUGACAUUUAUGUAAAAGGAUGGAUGCAUGGACAUGAUGGGAACAAGCAGAAAACUGAUGUACAUUAUCGCUCGCUGGGUGGUGAGGGUAACUUUAACUGGAGGCUCCUCUUUCCCUUCCAUUACUUACCUGCUGAACAACUCUGCACUAUUGACAAAAAGGAGCAUUUCUGGAGUUUGGAUAAGGCUGAAACAAAGAUUCCUCCUAAACUCACCAUUCAGAUCUGGGACAAUGACAAGUUCUCCUUUGACGAUUACCUUGGUUGUUUGGAAAUGGAUUUGAAUCACAUGCUGAAGCCAGCGAAGUCUCCUGAGAAAUGUGGUCUAGAGCUGCUCUCUCAGCCCCAGGACAAGCUGGUGUCUCUCUUUGAACAAAAGACCGUCAAGGGCUGGUGGCCUUGUGUGUGUGACAGACAAGGAGAGAAGAUCUUAGCAGGUAAGGUUGAGAUGACACUGGAGAUUGUGUCAGAGCAGGAACAGGAAGAAAGGCCUGCGGGUCUGGGCAGAGAAGAGCCUAACAUGAACCCUCGGUUGGAAGAGCCACAACGUCCAGAAACCUCCUUCCUGUGGUUCUCCUCUCCGUAUAAAACUCUAAGGUUCAUAGUAUGGAGGAGAUUUAAAUGGCUCAUACUGUUACUGAUCAUUCUUUUCUUCAUCCUGCUCUUCCUGGGAGUCUUUCUGUAUGCUUUCCCUAACUAUUUUGCUAUGAGGCUCGUGGGCCCCUUCAGUGGAAUAGGAAAUGGGAAACAAUAAGCAGAGGAAUUCCAGAAGACUCAGAAUGAAGGAUGGGCUCAGCAUUCAUCAGAGCACCUUCUACUGUUAUGCCGACUACAUGCCAAACACCUCCAUCUCUGUUACUGGGUUCCUGUGGUAUAAUCAAGCCAUAGCACCUGGGCUAUUGUGUAUGUGUACACAGAAAUCCAUGCUGCUCCUACUAAUUUCUUGAAUAGAAAACAAGCUUCUUAAGGACUGAAGUCUAAACUGAUGUUACACAGAGAUAAGCUUGUACAAUGAUAUGUGUAUGGGCCUCUGAUUGACAACUAUGCAUGUACAAAUGACCUGUGUCUUGCUUGUUAACUUUGAGCCCAUUGGCCUCGUUUAUGACCUAAUGCUGAACUCAUUGCUCCCUCUGAAUUCUGUUUGGCUCCCUACAUAUACUUUUAUCUUUCUUUUUGAUUUAAACCCUUCUUCAUGCUCUCUGUAAAACUCUGCCCUUCUUAAAGUCAGCCAGGGCCUUUUUUAUGCCUUAACAUAGAGAAAAAGUGACAGAAUUGCCUUUUGCCUCCUCCUGUGCCUUCAUUCCUCAAAACCGACCCCUUUUGCUUUCAGUGUGCAUUAAUGCUUUAGGUUAAGCCUUGGAUUUAUCCUGUGAACUUGUAUGGUCUGAGGCAACCUGCUUGUUAGGAAAGCUCCAGCUGUCAGUGGCCCAAUGUUUGUCUAACUAUCAAAGCCUCCAUAGAAGUCCCUCACUAAAAGUCCCUGUUGUCAGCUAUGUGCUAGUUAUGUGUGUGUUUUAAUAUUUGUGUGCAUGAAGACAGACUGUAUUGAGAAAAAGGAGUGUGAGCGGGUGUGUAAAGGAUGUUAAACAGUAAAAUAAUGUGGAGGUUGUGAUUUGAAUGAGUUUAGAAUCAUGCAUCUGGUAAAGGUCAGGGCUACUUAAAGCGACUCAUAAAAAUGCAAUCAGCAUGAUAAAACAUACUGACAGAAGUAGGUUAUGUGUUAUGUUCCCUACUGUGUUGAGUGAAACACAAGCUCAGGGGUUAAAGCACAGCCACUAAUAUAUGGUCAGACGGAUGUAAGUGUAUAACUACUUCACAAUGCUACAUCUAUUACAUAAGACUGACCUUUGUGUGCUUUUAAGUCUUAGCAGUGUGCUUAUCUUACAUCUUGGGCUACAGCGUGCCAUCCUGAACAGCACAGAUCAAGAGGACUAGGUUAAUCUGAGCAAUUGUUCUCUGAUUUCCUGGAGUGUGCAUGUAUUGGCCCAAAAGUGUAGAAAAAACCCUUGAUUUGUUCUAAUGAUUUCAAUGUGAGACUGUUUUUAAAAUUAUAAACUAAGAAAGAAUAGAAUUUGAGGAAGAAUAUCAAGAAUUAAAAAACGAUUGAGGUGUUUGAUUAUUUUAUUUUUUUGGUUUGUAUGAUUUUGCACUGUAAUCAAAUUGAGUAAAUCUAUUGUUUACUUGUACUAAUGCUGGACAGUCUGUCACAAAAUAUUUGAAAUAGCUCUAUUUUGCAUUUUGUUGAUAUACAUAGGCUGAGCCUGUUCAUCCAAAGUAAUUGAGGAUUUACAUUUCACUCCAACUUUGACUAGCUAUUAUGUCAACGAUAUGCCUUGUUAAAGUUACAAACAUGACAAUCCUGCCUGUUACUAUUUCUGUGAAUACAACACUGCUGUUACUUUGAAUAAAACAUGCUGCACUAUC